AUGCGUGGAUGGAUAGGUAAGCUUACAUCUGUAGGCAGACGAGAAGGUAAAGUCAAGCUUACAUCUGUAGGCAGACGAGAAGGUAAAGGCAAGUUUACACCUGUAGGCAGACGAGAAGGUAAAGGCAAGCUUACAUCUGUAGGCAGACGAGAAGGUAAAGGCAAGCUUACAUCUGUAGGCAGACGAGAAGGUAAAGGCAAGCUUACAUCUGUAGGCAGACGAGAAGGUAAAGGCAAGCUUACAUCUGUAGGCAGACGAGAAGGUAAAGGCAAGCUUACAUCUGUAGACAGACGAGAAGGUAAAGUCAAGCUUACAUCUGUAGACAGACGAGAAGGUAAAGGCAGCCUUACAUCUGUAGGCAGACGAGAAGGUAAAGUCAAGCUUACAUCUGUAGGCAGACGAGAAGGUAAAGUCAAGCUUACAUCUGUAGGCAGACGAGAAGGUAAAGGCAAGCUUACAUCUGUAGGCAGACGAGAAGGUAACGGCAAGCUUACAUCUGUAGGCAGACGAGAAAGUAAAGUCAAGCUUACAUCUGUAGGCAGACAAGAAGGUAAAGGCAAGCUUACAUCUGUAGGCAGACGAGAAGGUAAAGUCAAGCUUACAUCUGUAGGCAGACGAGAAGGUAAAGGCAAGCUUACAUCUGUAGGCAGACGAGAAGGUAACGGCAAGCUUACAUCUGUAGGCAGACGAGAAGGUAAAGGCAGUAAGUCAAGUGGCAGAGAAAGGGAUAAAAACAGAGACUGA